UAGAACCACGUCAGCACGAGUACCCUUUCUGUUUUACUCUGCCAAAAAAUAUUCCAAGCACUUUAGAAAUGGAAUUUGGAUGUAUCAAAUAUUAUGUCAAGGCGACAGUCGAUAUUCCUUACUCAUUUGAUUAUGUCGAUGAAAUAACUUUACCUGUUGAGGUUCCUGUGGAUUUCAAUGAUAUACAGGAUGAAUUACAAUUGAAACCUAUUACAUUUAGUAACGAGAAGACUGUUUGCUGCCUUUGCUGUACUGGUGGCGAAAUUAGCAUGAAUUUACAAUUAGAAAAAAAUGGCUUCAUUUUGGGAGAAAUAGCUAAAGUACAAAUCGAGGUGAAAAACAUGAGCAGAGUUAACAUUGAACAAAUCAUGCUUACGUUAACAAGAAUAUGGGACUAUAAAUCAGAAGGUAGAAAAGAAAGAAUCAAAGAAAUUAUGGCCACUGAAACGGAAACAGGAACUGAUGCUCACACACAAAGGACCUAUCUAAUACAAUUUAAAAUUCCUCAAGAAAUCUCUAUACACAAUUUGGUUAAAUGUAUUUUAAUAAAGGAAACUUUUCGUUUGCGGGCUGAAGUUCUGCUACCUUUAACUCACAGAGAUUUGGUAGUGGAUGCAAUUGUGAAAUUGGGACAUAUUCCUUUGAAACAUUCUACACACAAAGAUAACCUGUUGCUAUCUUCGUCUCUAGAAGAACCUUCGAAAGAUUGAAUUGGAAAACGACAUCGUAAUUUUAUCCAUAUGGUUUCCUUAUGAGCAUGUAUAGGUAAUAUCGCUACAACGUUUCGAAUACUAAACAUCUAUAUAGUCAAUUAGAA